GUGCUGUGACGUCUCGUUUCGCUCACACUGUCAUGACCUCGAAGGCUCUGAACAAAGCAAACACCUCACAGGAAAUCGUCUUCGAAGUGGAGCUUCCUAAAACAGCCUUCAUCACCAACUUCAGCAUGGAAAUAGAUGGUCAGGAGUAUGUUGGAGAGGUGAAGGAAAAACAGAAAGCCAAGAAACAGUAUGAGAAGGCUGUUUCCUCAGGACAGACUGCUGGACUGGUCAAGGCUUCUGGAAGAAAGAUGGAGAAGUUUUCAGUGUCAGUCAACAUUGCAUCUCAGAGUAACGUGAGUUUCAUUCUGACCUACGAGGAGCUCCUUCAGAGGAAAUUGGGCCAGUAUGAGAUUCUGACCCAAGUUAACCCCAAACAACCAGUCCAAGAGUUUGAGAUUGUGGCAGACAUCUAUGAGCCUCAGGGCAUUGCUUUUGUUGAGGCCUCUGGAACUUUCCUCAGCAAUGAACUGCUCCCACUGGUGGAGAAAAUAGUCACAGACACAAAGGCACACAUCUCUUUCUCACCAACACUGGAGCAGCAGAGGAAAUGUGCAGGAUGUGAAGGUACCAUGAUUGCUGGAGAUUUCAUCAUCAAGUACGAUGUAAAGAGAGAAAAAAGCCUAGGGGAAAUUCAGAUUGUAAAUGGAUACUUUGUGCACUUCUUUGCUCCACCUGACCUACCCAGAGUCCCAAAGAAUGUGGUGUUUGUGAUUGACAGGAGUGGCUCAAUGAGUGGAAGAAAGAUUGCACAGACUCGGGAAGCAUUGGUCGCCAUUCUGAAAGACCUCCACGAGCAGGACCACUUUGCUCUCAUCCUGUUUGAUGAUAAGAUUGUCACCUGGAAGGAGUCUCUUACCAAAGCAAUUAAGAAAAAUGUGGCUGAAGCCAUUGCCUAUGUAAACGAACUAAGGGACAAAGGAUCUACCAAUAUCAAUGGUGCCGUACUAAAAGCAGUGAAAAUGCUGAAGAAUGACAGAAAACAAAAGAAGCUACCAGAGAGAAGUGUGGAUAUGAUUAUUUUAUUGACUGAUGGGAUGCCAAACCACGGUGUGUCUGACCUCCCUACAAUCCAGGAGAAUGUGCGUUCUGCUAUUGGCGGGAACAUGUCUCUCUUCUGUCUUGGAUUUGGAAAUGAUGUGGAUUACUCCUUCUUGGAUGUGAUGUCCAAACAAAACAAGGGACUGGCCCGCAGAAUCUAUGAGGCCUCAGAUGCAGCUGUUCAACUCCAGGGUUUCUAUGAGGAGGUGUCCAACCCUCUGCUCCUGGAGGUGGACCUGAAUUACCCUGACAACACAGUAGACUUCUUGACCAAAAACCAUUACAGCCAUUUGUUUAAUGGCUCAGAGAUCGUGGUGGCUGGAAAGCUGAGCGGCAAUGACCUGGAUAACUUCCUGGUGGAAGUAUAUGGCCAGGGGCCUGAUGAUGACUUCCAGGUGCAGGGAAAUGCCAGUGUGGUAAACUGGGAUGUGAUCUACCCACAACAGUACUACAUUUUUGGGAAUUUCACAGAGCGUUUAUGGGCUUACCUCACCAUCCAGCAGCUACUGGAAAACAGUGACAUUGGUACACAGCAGGAGAAAGAAAACAACACGGCUAAGGCCCUGGACAUGUCCCUGCGGUACAGCUUCGUCACUCCACUUACCUCCAUGGUGGUCACCAAGCCCGAAACUGAGAACGGCACAGAAAGCACUCUCAUUGCUAAUAAACUGACUGAGGACCAGAGACAGAAAGCAGAGAGGCGCACUGCGGAUGGAGAUCCUCAUUUCAUGAUAGAGCUCCCAGACAAAGAGGACGCUCUGUGCUUUAACAUUAAUGACAAACCAGGAACCAUUUUCAACCUGGUCAGAGACCCUAAAUCAGGCUUUGUGGUGAACGGCCAAAUUAUUGGUAAGAAGAAAGUUGUACCGGAUGGUAAGAUCAAUACCUACUUUGGGCGUUUUGGCAUCACCCACCAGAAUCUGGGACUGAGGCUGGAUGUCAGCACUCAGGACAUCUCAGUCUUCCACAACGGCAAGCACAUCAAGCUACUAUGGUCUGAUACAGCGUCCAUCAAGGAAACCAAUAUGGACCUCCAGCUGACAAAAAACUGCAGCCUGACAGUCACGCUGAGACACUCAGUUAAAUUCAUGGUCAUCAGACACACAAAGGUGUGGAAGAGACGUCACAACCAACAAGACUACCUGGGUUUCUACACCCUGGACAGUCAUCAUUUGUCUGCUUCAGUUCAUGGCCUGCUAGGUCAGUUCUACCAUGGUAUUGAGUUUGAGGUGACAGACCUACAACCAGGUGAAGUCCACGGGAAACCAAACGCCACCAUGCAUGUGAAGGGACAAACACUCCAUGUGACCAGACACUGGCAGAAGGACUUCAGCUGGGAUGUGAAGAACGGGGAAAAUAUUCCCUGCUGGUUUGUUAAUAACAGUGGAAUGGGCCUUGUGGAUGGAGGAGCCUCUGAUUACAUUGUGUCCGACCUUUUUAUGACUGUCUGAAUCUUUUGAAUGUUAUACAACAGUGAAAUUUCACUGUGGACACAUAGCACAUCAUUGUGCUGUUGAGAGAUAGCUGAUAGUAGUGACCUAUAAAUAUACAAACACACAUGCAGAAGCAAACAUAACAAAACUUUUUCGAGGAUGUGAGUUUUUUUUAACACUGUAUGACU